AGGAUGUCCUUGUUGGCGAGGUACAAGAAAGCCAUCAAAAAGCAUCCUUGGUCCCGGAGCAGGUAUGAACUCACCGGCUUGUGGUUGAAGUAAUUCGGCUUAAAUGUCUGUCGGCCAAGGCUAGGAUUUCGACCAGACCGUCGUUUCAGUCUUUCUCGCGAACCCUUAGUCUAUCACGCAAAGCCGUUCCCUCUAGCCCUUCAACACACCAUCUCAUGUCUACGGCAUCGUCACUGUCACUUACAGGUCCUUUGAAUGUGUUACUUUUCGGGGAGACUGGAGUUGGGAAGAGCGCCAUCAUCAACUUGAUUAUGGGACACGAGGUUGCACAGACGUCGCCAGACGCAGAAACCUGCACACUGCAGCAUACCUCCCAUGAAGUCAAUCUUGCAGAACGCCGAUUCAAACUUUGGGAAGUUUCCUCCAUUGAAUCAAUGGGUUUUUUCCAGGCCCUUUUUACAAAAUGGCGCCUGAAAAAGUCAUACAAGAAGCUGUACAGAGAUGACGGAGUUUACCUUCUUUUAUAUUGUAUGAGGGGAUCGAGGGCCCAGAGAGCACUGAUCAAGGAUUAUAAAUUCUUCACUGACAUUGUUGGCUCCACAGCCACUGUGGCAGGCGGCGUACCGGUCGCCGCUGUGGUCACCUCCUUGGAAGAUUACCCCAAGGACAUGGAUGUGUGGUGGACGAAGAAUAAGGACAAUCUGGAACGCCUCGGAAUGCGGUUCUCCGCACAUGCUUGUAUCACUUCCCUCCCUCACGAUCCAGCAUCCUCACCCGCAAUGCGCGCACGUCGACAGCGAUCAGAACAAGUCAUCCGCUGUCUUAUUUAUGAAUCCUACAAAACAGGUACCGAAACAUCUCGCAGUUCCAGUCCAGCUUUGGCUCGAUGAAAAAAAAUCUGGCUUAGUUGCGUAUUAUUGUCUUCGGAGAUUUGGGUUCCCCUGGUAGGGCGCUGCGCGCACGUCACUGUUGAAAAAUCCGUUCAAGGCUUCAUCCUGUCAAUGACCAUUCUGUAUUUCCCUCUGUAUGACCGAUUAUAUCGCACUAUACUAGUAGUACUUACUAUGUAUGUAUAGAUCCGAGUUCGAUACUAGCUCACAGAGUACAGUGCACUAGCACCGCUUCUCACUGUAUCGUUAUCGUUGUUUUGGCAAACUCUGUGUCUCGGGUUCGUCAUCGUCCUCGACUGACAAGUCCAGUCCUAGUCGCUGAUGAAGAACAUAUAUAUUAUGCUGGCGACGAUGCAAAUCAGAACGGCUACCGUACUUCUUAUCGUCAAUAUUAAUACCGGCCUCGCUUAGUAAGCUACCGUUUGAUCUGAUUCGGAUUAGUACAUUUGGACGAGUAC